AUGUUAUCAACGAAAAUAAUUUUGUAUUUGCUGACUGGGCUAAGUCUUACAUCCGUUAUGCAGAGCUCAAGGCAACGCUUCGAUCUAAUAGUGCACAAUGCAAGUUGUCGCAUAUUAAGCUCUACAAUGAAAAAAUUCGAUUGCGAUUGCACAAUGUUGAAAAGGGGAAACUAUGUUGGAAAUAUGGCCUUUAUGUACAACAAGAACUUGGCCAGCAAUGCCGAAUGGCAUGCAAUCAUCAAUAUCAUUCACUCUCACUUGAAGACGGCAAAGCCAUUCAAGUAUUUGGAUGUGCGAGUCAAUGUUUGCAAAUUUUUAAGCGCCACUAUGCACCUGCCGAUACUGAGAAUGUUUCUGGAUGAAGUGAGAGAGACUAGCAAUUUACCCUUCAAAUGCCCCUUGAAAAAAAACUACUUGUAUAGCAUCUCGAACUAUACGAUUCUUUCGGAAUACCUACCACCGUACACUCCGUUGGUUCAAUUCAAUCUUACGCUUAAUACCUACGACAAUCGAAGGCCAAUUGCAAAACUGUUCGCCAUGGGAGCUACAGUGAAGAGAUCGUAA